ACACCACAAAAAACAUCUGCCAGCAAAGAAAGCAAGGUCUGAUGUCCAUGGCCAACCACAGCAGGCUACCCCGCCACGAAGAUUAUCUACUGUUUGUUCGGUGCCCCCACUCCAAAUUUUGGACACACCUCCAAGACGCCAACCACACUCCCCUCAUCUUGAUUCUUCUAGUCCUGGUACCAGCAUCCCUCCGCAACAACAGCAACACAGUGACAUGGAUGACACAAUCAUGUUAGAAAUGCAUCCAGUAAUCGAAGGAAUCAGCCCCCCAGCACCUGUGAGUACUCCACCACAGCAAAGCACACCACAACCCCAACACAGCCCAACAACACCAGUAACACAAGGCCCUGAUCAAGUGUUCUGGACCAUUUGGGCUAGACAGCAGGCCACUAAUGAAGAUUGCCUGCGUAGGCAGACCCAAAUGUUUGCAAGCCUACCAUUUCACCUCAGACGAAUCAGCAGAAAUCUGAGUAGACAAAAUGAAACAAACACAAGAAUUGCAAAUACCAUGGAAAUCAUGCGUGCAGACAUUACACAUGUCAUGGGCAACUUACAGCGCAUAAUGGAAGAACAGCACAGACAACAGCAAAGCUAUAUAAACAUUUUAGAAAGCAAUCAAAUGAUCAAUGAAUCCAUGUCCAGAAUUGUAUACAAUCAAAAUGCUGCAACACGUGAACUCAAUGCCACCCUCACUAACCUCAAUGAAACACUCAGAUCCCUGCAGCAACAGCAAACAAGCAGCAGUUCUGGUACGACUACUCCAAAUGUAACGCCAGUGUCAUCACCACCAAGGCACUCCACCAGAGCACGCCAACACGACAGUGGUAAAGGCAAAGGCCAGGACAAGCAACCACCCAAAUAAACAUAAAAAAAAACACACCCAUUUCUUUAAAGAGAAGAGAAACAAAACACUUACCAAGUGUAUGAUUAACAGAAUAUAUAUAACACUUAGCUCCUUGACAAUUUGUACAACAUCAUUAAUUAUAACUGGUACAAACAACAACAGGAAUUUUGUACGCACAUUUCUUCUUUAUCAUCUUUGUAUUUUUUGUUAGCAGGAAACUGUUGUUUGAGCUGCACAUAGAUGCUAGCAUGCAGAAAGCAGACCACUUGAUUUUUUUCUAAUCAUUACUCUUUCUAGAUUCUAAUCAUUCUUUGAGCUAGCAGACAGACUAAUUGGCAGCCAGGCAGAUUCAUCCAUGACCAAUACAAUUUACAAUGUGAAUUGUAACUGUUUAACAUUUCUUCUCUAGAUGAAUUGACAAUAAAAACACAAUUGAGUUGGCUAAAAGUGUCCUAAUAUGUUGGGGAUAAUAUUUAGAUAAUUCAGUCCGAAAAUGACUGACAUUAUUGUUGUGCCAUGUUUGUGUGUGUUAAAAAUAAGUAAACAGAUUUAAAAACAUGAUGCAGA